AUGCAUGGCCAACCCCCCCUUCUCUCCCAAGCUAUCACGGGCGAACCCCUCUUCCUCUACCUAGCAGUAUCGGGAACCGCAGUCAGCGCAGCUCUCCUCAGAGAAGAUGGAUCAAUCCAACGACCGGUCUAUUACAUUAGCCGAGCUCUCAGGGGCGCCGAGCAGAACUACCCCUUGCUGGAAAAACUGUCCCUGGCUUUGGUGAUUGCCUCUAGACGACUCCGCCCAUACUUCCAAGCCCACUCCAUAGUGGUCCUCACCGACCAGCCCCUAAAGAAAGUCAUGCAGCAACCAGAACUCUCAGGUAGACUGAUGCAGUGGUCCGUAGAACUCAGCCAAUUUGACAUCUCUUACCGCCCUCGGACUGCAAUUAAGGGACAGGCUGUAGCAGACUUCAUCAUGGAGUUCACCAAGCCGACCCCGACCGCAACACCUCCGCCCCUACCAACCCCAACAGAGCCAGAAGACCCUCAUUCUUGGACUCUUAAUGUCGACGGGUCGUCCCGAAGAGAAGGAAGCGGCGCCGGCCUCAUCUUCACCUCUCCUGAGGGCGGCUACUUCAAAUGUGCCCUCUGUUUCUUGUUUGAAGCAAGCAACAAUGAAGCCGAGUACGAGGCGUUAAUAGCAGGACUCCACCUCGCCAAGGACAUAGGGGUCAGCCACCUCCGAGUUUUCAGCGACUCCCAACUCGUCGUCGGUCAGAUGACGGGGGACUUUGAUGCCAAGGACGAAACGAUGCGAGCUUACAGAGACCUGGCACUCCCCCUCGUUCGCCUCUUCAAUACCUUCCACAUCAGGCAUAUUCCUCGGGCAGAAAACUCUAAAGCAGACGAGAUGGCUCAGUUGGCUUCUGCUGACCAUCCUACUCUCAGCCAUGAUGUUCGCGUGGAAUAUCUACACCACCCGGCCGUUUCACCCAAUCUACAAGCUAUACAAUACAUUCAAAAUGAACUUAUCCCUUGGGCAUCCGACAUCCUCCUAUUCUUGACCACAGGAGCACUCCCAGAUGACCAGCAGCAGGCUUCCAAAGUCCGAUCCCGAGCGUCCAAUUACGUCAUUGUCGACGAUAUAUUGUACAAACGCGGCUUCUCCCGGCCAUAUCUACGGUGCCUCAAUCCAGCGCAAGCAACUUACGUAAUGCAGGAGAUCCAUGAGGGGAUUUGUGGUAAUCACUCAGGAGGCAGGUCCCUUGCCCAGAAGAUACUCCGUACUAGGUACUUUUGGCCAACUCUCAAUCAGGAUGCGACCGACUUCGUGCUCAAAUGCGAUAAAUGUCAACGCUUCGCCAACAUCCCUCACACCCCUCCUACAGAGUUAAUCACACUCUGCAGCCCUUAUCCGUUUGCCAAGUGGGGGAUCGACCUGAUCCUCUUCUUCAACGCCUUCGUCCAGGGGGGUCUGGGCCACAUCAUCUUCGCCUAUUGUCACACUACUCAGGUCCAAGUGUGGGAACAGCUCUUCAGCUCUGCGCUUGAACAUUUUCCAACCGCUGUUCUAGAACUCGGCCAUUUCGUGCUUAUAGAAGUCUGA